AUGGAGACUCCCGUCACUCCUGCCGCCACCUCCUCUCCUUCGCACCGCUCCCGCUCCACGCCCGGCACGCACUGCCGAGCACUGACCGUCAAUCUCAUGGAAUUGCUGGAGAGCAGCAGUUGCAGCGGGAGGGAAGAUGAGAGUGGAUGGGCGGAUGUGGGCAGUAGUAGUGGCACAGCGGCAUACGCGGCAUUUGACCCAGAACAACUAUGGCAGGCCGCCGCUCCUGUCGAUAAUAUUCUUCCUGUUAGCAUGGCAACGGCAGCAGCUGCUGGUGGUGGUGUUAUGAUGGAUGCCAAUCAUCAUCAUAAUGAUAGUGAAAAGGAUGUAGAAGGGAGUACUGGGGCUUCUUCGAAUUGUGUGUUGAUUGUGUUUGGUGUGGGUCCACUCAAUCCAGAAGAACUGCUUUCACAACCUCAAACUAGUAGUACUUUCUCAGGUGGAUCUGUAAUGCAAUUUCUUAUCUCAAGAACUGAUUUUAUGGAUCAUCUGUUAUUCUCUUCUCUAUCAUUACCCUCUGGAACAUGUGACUGUAAAGAAGAUCCCAUGAAGAAUGAAGAAAGGGAUAAUGGGAUAGAAAAAACAAAACUUCUUGUGAAAGAAGAUGGUCACAAGGAAAUUUUAUUGUUUACGGACGUUAAUAUUGAAAGACCAGAUGAUAUUCGAGCAAUUUCUGUAGUGUACGUACAAUUAACAAAGGAAGAGUGUAGAGUAACAGAUAAAGAGGCGGCACAACAUCGUGCAUCACAAGUUAUUAAAACCAUUCAAACACUUUUUCUUGGUUCUUCACAAACAAUAUUUUGGGUAGAUUUCACAGGUAUUCUAGACCCUACUAGAACUGAGGUUCAAAAGGAACUUCGUGAUGCGUGGUGGACUUUAGUCGUCACCUCCGCAAGUGGUUCUCUUAAUAGUUCUACUCUUCGUUUAAUAGCUCUCGUAAAUCCUUCAGCUAUACCACAGUUGCAUAAAGAGUUUGAACAUUUAGAAGAAGCAGUGAGACCACGAGAUUGUUCUCAUACUACUAUUAUUGAAAAAAAUAUAUCAUCUCCAAAACCAAUGAUAGGAUCCCCAUUAACAUGGUAUUGUACAGAUGAGAAUGCUGAUGUUAGGACUCUCAUAGAUAUUGGUCUAUCAAAUGCUAAAGGAAAGAACAAUAUCAUUAAGGAUGAGUUGAUACAGUCAAUGGAUACAAACAUAUUGACGUGCCAUGGUACGAAAAACAAUCCUGAAACCUGUACGGAUGGGGAAGCGUCAGUAACAGAUAAGGAUGAUGAUGAUGACGAUGAUGAUAGUUAUGAUGAUGAUGAGUGUGAGUUAAUUUGGGAAAGACAUCUGAGAGUGAUGACUAAAGGUGGGAAUGACAAGGUUGUGAAGGUUUGUCCUCCUCCUCCUCCUCCUCCUCCUUCAUCUUCUUCUUCUUCUUCUUCAGCAGCAACAGCAACGGCAACUGCAACAUCGGAGGAGGAUACGAAUGUUAAGGUUAGGGAGGAGAAUGAUGAGAAUGAGUUUAUAUGGCAAAAGUAUGUUGAAGAUUUGAACAUAUCUGUUAAAGAAUUACCCUCACAUGAGGUAUCUAAUAGUGUUUCAGCUUUGUUUAUUGAAUGUUCCUCUGAAACUACUUUGUCAAGUUCACUUAGUACGGAUACAUCUAUACGAGAUUUGCUAGUCUUGUGGUCUGCGCUUGGCAUUCAACACUCACCACGCUUGAUUGUUGUUAUAGCUGAUGGCGAUUAUUACUUUGAAAAUACAUUGUUAUCUUGGGUGAAAAUUCCAUGUGCUCAGAAUGCACUCAUAUUUCCUAUUUUUGUCGUGAGUGAACUUAACAUUCAUUCUAGUGAUGACAAUGUACGAAGAGAGUCAUUGCCUUCCAUACCAACUAACCAUAAACAUAAGGAAUCAUUAAUGUGUUAUGAUAAGUUUGUUCGGGUACUCACAUUUGCUGUUGAGUACUUUGGAAUUGAUGUUCAUUCAAGUGCUUGCCUUGCUAUGAAUAAUAAUCCCUUUCAGCAGGUAGCAGAUCAACUAGGCUUUCAAGCUGUAGGUGAUUACCAGUAUAUUUCCUCUUGGGUUACACAAAUGAAUGGAGAGGAGGCAACAGAACUAUCAAUGAUACAAAAAAUGUUAGAUGUAGAAGCGGCACGUGAGAGUGCUUUCCUAGAGUUGUGCCAUACAAAUUCCUUAGCUCAAUUACUACGUGAUUAUCCACGAAGACCGGAAUUAUUCAUGCAGCGAGUAAAUAACAUGCGAGUGGGAAUUACACGUCCUGUUGUCUGUGAUGCUGUAGCACUGGUCUCUACAGUUCCAACAGAAACACGUCUGGGUGGAGCAUCUAAUUCCAUUCUUUUGUUUUUCACAGAGGAACAAUUAUCCAAUGUGUACCGUUUUAUGAUUUCUUUCUUCACAAGAGAAGUCUUUUCCAUUGCUGUGGAUAUUGUGAGAUCUCACAAUAGUGAUUACUUCUCCGGUCAUCACUUCGCGACGGUUGGGUACUUUCGAUAUGAACUGACCAGUUGGGUUCGGCGGCAUGUGCUGGUGGCUCUCCACAUGGACUUCCAGCCAUUCCUCGCCCUCGCUGGUGAUCAAAGCGGAGGAACCACAACACCGCCGCAUUGGUCUCGUGUGAUUCGACACAUGUCCUGCACCUGCACACCGCGGCGACAUGAGAAACUUCUCUACACAGAGACAGGCGAGAAGAAGUGUCGUCAUGUCGCACAGUUAUUAUAUUGGUUUCUGAGAAAAUGUGUGAAACACACCACCUCCAUCAUGUCUUCAUCCCAUUCGCAGUUUGUGCGUCCCAACACUCGUCAACAACGCCGUCUUCGAGGUUCUCGACUAGCACCAUGUACAACUUCCACUGUAAAGCAACACGCAGAGGAGAGGGAGAAGGAAGAAGAAGAAGAAGGUGAUGAUGAUGAAACGGUGAAGAAGAAGACUAUGAGGAGGAGUAAGAAUACGAAUAACAAUAAAAAGAUGAGAAUGGAUGAGGGAGAUUUCUCUUCACCUCCGUUAGAAAUAGUUGACGUGACAGCAGGGGGUAAUAAUACCGCUCAAGCAGGUAGAGAGGAAGUUCAACCCCUUACUAAUGAUGGUGAUGUAAGUUUGCUAGAGUUCGCCGCUUUGUUGGGAAUAACUUGA